UUUGAGUUAUUCGUCAAAUUAAGUGUUUUACUUAUUACUCAUUUUUAAACAUACUCAUAACUGUGUAAUUCACCAAUUUUCCAUGGUUGUUAAGGCAACAGCACUAAAUUGUAUUGCGAAUAGAAAACACAAAAGAAGACGAAUUUAACAGUCGCAGAAUGCCGAAAGUGUUAUUCCAAAAAUAUAAAAAGUUCUCCGGGAAUAUAGAUCCGAGUAAACAUGCUGCCAAAUUGAAGGAAAUCGAGGAGCGCCUCAGUGAAGAUGGCGAAUAUUCAUAUCCCAUGGAAUAUGAAUAUGAAAUGGAAGAAGCAGAGACCGGCUCGGAGGGCGUGGAAACCGAAAUGAGUUUAUCAGAAGGAGAGCCAGCAUUGGAAAUUGGCAAAAUAGAUCUUUCCUUCCCGGAGACUACCGAAGAAUUUCAAAAUAGCCCUCAAUGUUUUCCUCCUUCUUACUACACAUUGUCUCCAAAGGAACGUCUUUUGCUGCUCUACGCGGAAAACUUUCGCAAACAGUUUGUUCUAGGUCAUCCAAAGCGUAGAGCCAUGGUCCUAGCACCUCCUAAUGAAUGCAAUGUGCAGAAGUUUGUUUGCACUACAAUAAGACCGACGGCAUUCGCCUAUUCAGAGCUCAUUUCGAGUGUAGAGGAAAUUGCUAAAUUCGUUGCCGACUUUGUGCAGUACGAGCCAAUGGAGGAUCCCAUAAAUCUGCCCACUCGCUUGAUAUCUCCGGAUACUCUGCUGCGCAAACGUCGUGGAAACUCCUAUGAAAUGGCCACGUUGCUGGUGAGCAUGCUAAUUGGAGCUGGUCAUCCGGCAAUGGUUGUGUCUGGAGUUGCACGUGGACAUACGGUACGCAACGAGCAGAACAAUGUGCCGUAUCCGUAUCCCAUCGAAGAGGUCAAAGCCGUUGAGGAGGAGCAAGAGAACGAGGAGAAGAGUGCCAAGUACAAGCUGCGGCCGCUGCCGGACUUGGAGAGUCAUCUUGAGGAGGAAAUGGCAGAAGUCCAUAGACAGCGAGCUGAAGCUCAGAACCGACAUGAGCAGGAGCAGUUGCGUAAGCAAAUGGCGGAAAUGGAACUGAUGGCUGUCGAUCGAUAUCACUAUCGUCGCUCCCACGCUUGGGUUGUGAUUAUCAACAAUGCACCGUGGAGCAUUAAGCCAAAGAUAACUUACACCGAUGUGAACGGUGAUGUUGUGGAGGCUCCACCCAAGGGCAUUUUCAUUGAACCUUCAACGGGAUUUAUCUGUGAAACCAACUGCAAGCAAUACAUCCUAGUAGACAGCAUCUGGAAUCAGUAUAACUACUAUGUGAACAAGCAGAACUAUCAACGAGUCGGCGAGCUGCGUUGGGAUCUGCGAGAUCUCAACGAUUGGGAGCACAUGCUGCCCGGAGAGCCGCCAGAGAUGCGUAUCUACAACAUGGAAUCGGAUGAGAAUAUUGCAGAUGGGGAGCACGAUGUGAAUGAUGAGAAGCAUCUGGAUGCCAUUUGCAAUUGGGUUAACAGGCUGCAUAUUGGAUUAGCAGACUAUGAACAGCGCUUUCCACGCUCCGAGAAGAAGGUUCAGUAUAAAGGAGCUAUUCACGAAAGAUUCUCACCAUAUUCCCAACGUGAUGGCAAAGUAAUGCAGUUGACGGUGUUCGACGAUGACCAGUGCAAUGAGCCCAAGAUGCGCUACGAAUAUUACAAGAAUCGCUUUGAUCACAUGAAGCAUCUUAAAUAUAACUAUGAAACGGAUUUGUUUCAAGAACAGUUUGAAAAAGGACGCGAUGACAGCUUAGAAUGUAUGGAAUACUAUUCGGACGUUUCGCAGCCUAGGAAGUUGUAUUUCUGCGCCAACUCUAGACUCGACUCUUUGGAAACGGUGGAUCUGAAUCCAGGGUUAAUUAUAUUGCACUAUAAGGACCGCUCUGACAAUUGCUGGUAUAAAGAGUUCCAGUUUAAGCCCAAUGGUGGAGUGCUUAAAAAAGUAUUUGAGAGGUUUCACAAGAACGAGGAAAAUGAUAUUGGCACCAACGAUUUCGCUAGUCGUACAUUCCUGUUUCAGCAGAACAAAAUUAUACUCAAGUUCCAUUACACUUUUGGCGCCUUGACUGCCACCACAGUGGAGUUUACAAAGCCGCCCAAACCGGAUUAUGGCAAGGAAUUGAUUUAUGAUGAGAAGCUAACAAAAAUAUACAGGGCGAAUCCUUUGGAUCCAGUUCGCACUAAUCUCGAGUUGUACAAGAUUUUGCUGGAGCAACUGCAGGCAGAGGAUCAAAUACGAAAGCAGUUUGAAAAGGUUCAAGACGAUGUGAACAACAUCUUUGAUCUGCGACGAUGGGAAAAACAAGAGCCCAAGCUAAAGUUCAGUCUUUUCGACCCACUUCGCAAUGGAGCCGCCAGAGAAAUUAGAAUGCAAUUGUAUGAGCAGGAACAGCAGCAUAAGAAAGAAAUGGCUAGUAAGCCAGCAGAUUUCUUGGCUCCAUAUUUGAUACCUUACAAGGACCAGGAGCAGUUGACUCAAGAACAAUCCAUGGGGGCAUAUAAUGCCUGUCUAAACGAUUUGAAAACUCGCUUUGUUGUUCUACUCAACAAUCUGCAGCGACAAUAUGAAGACCUGACCAGCGAGGCAAAGUCCUUGAAUCGUUUCCUCAACAAGUUUGAGAAUCAAUUCGACAACUUUGACUACAAUCGACUGGUACAACAGGCCAAGGACUUGGAAUUGAGAAAACGUAUGGUACAACAGCGUCUGACUCUGACACAUCAGGAUUCUCAGAAGAAGUACGAGUGGGUUAAAGCUUCCCUGCUGAAGGAUCCACGACUCAAUCUAAAGGGAGAAGAAGAAAAAUCAUCCGACGACUGAAAAACUUUUAAAUCAGUUUAAGACAACUGAGAAACUCUUAAGCUUAUAAGAAAAUUUUGUUUGAGAUUUGGGAAAUGUUAUUUGCAGCGUGUGAAAAUUAAAAUUCAAAUAAAAAUA